AGGUCGUGAGUUUCAUUAAAUUUAUAAACAUUUUAUUUUUCCUGUAUGACGAGCAGAUUGCCAAAAACUACGUUGCUAUAGAAAUGAGUCCCACGAACUCCUCAAUGACGACCAAUCGUUGACCAGGAUUGUAAAUGGGAGAGGGGGAAGGAAAACUAUCCUUUCUUUUUCUGGAAAAGGAGGGGUGUUGCGGGGAAAAGAUUAACGAAGCGUGAAGCGUAACUGCAAGAGAGGGACAAAGACACAUAGCGGGAGAAAAUGCGACAGUGAGAAGAGGCAGUCCUAAUGAAUUCAACCAACAUAGUAUGGAAUACAGAACACGGAAAAUAUGAACGUUUUUUAAAGCCAAGAAAGUUGGGCGUAUUUUGAAAACAGGAGUAAAAAGAGUUAUGCUUUCAAACGAGGGCAUGAAAUGUGGAUAGUAGGUGUCCGAACUUUGGACAGCGCAUAUGGUCACUUUUUGUUCCUUUUUUACUGACACGACUGUGACAGUUUUGCGGAGGAUAUUGUUGCUUUGUGGGGUAGCUGAAUCAAUGCAAAGGAUUUCAACAUUUUUACUCAUCCGUUCCAGACUGGAUUCAUUCACACUCAUAAAACAGACUGUUAUUCCACAACUGUCACGAGUGUAUUGGAGAGACAGAGGGACAUCUUUAGGUUUGUAGCUAGGCCUACUAUACACAUUUAUGUUUGGACCAUAAACGCCUCAUACUAAAUGGGUUUAUUAGUUACAUUACGUUUUAAAUUCAUCAAAGACUUGGCUGUCCCGCACUAACUGGAGAGAAAUAUGCGCAUCGUCGAACUAGAGCUCUCUCCAGCAUGAACAGUUGGUGCAGCGCUCUGGCGCUCUUCUCAUCCGUGCUGUUGGCGCUAGAUGCCCAGUUAAUAUGUUGGCAAGCCCUGCUCCGAUGCCAUGAGGAGGCAGACUGUGAGCUUGCAUACAGCCAGUAUCUAGCCGCCUGUGAAGGAAACAUUAGAGGCACCAGGAGGCAAUGCCCCAGCCACUGUAUCAACGCGUUGAUAAGACUGAAUCACACCCGCAAUGGACCUUACCUCGAGAGGUGUGACUGUGGUCAGGACAUGGAGUGUAGGGAUGCAAAGCGGGCGAUUGAGCCAUGCCUCCCCCGGAGGUAUCCUGGAGACGCGGGGGGGAUAGGAUGCACAGAGGCCCGUCAACGCUGUGAGGAGGACACCGGCUGCCACUCCUCCCUGACAGCCUACUUGUCUUACUGUGGGCAACUCUUCAAUGGCAGGAAAUGCUCGUCCAGGUGCAAGGCCACAAUACAACAGAUGCUAUUCAUCCCAAAUGGCAUGCUACUAAACCAGUGUGUGUGCGACGGGGUGGAAAGGCCGUUCUGUGAGGUAGUCAAGGAGAACAUGAGCAAACUUUGCCAGAUUGGAGACCACAGUGUUAUUUCAGACCAGGCAGAUAUGGACGAUAUGUAUGAGGAUGAAGACUAUGAAUCGAAAACAGAGGAGAUAUGUCCUCCUGACUCAAAUUCUAGUUCCCUGCAGUUGUCGAGCUAUAUGGCCUUAUUAUGCAUCACUCUUGCACGGAUAUUCUAUUGAGAAAUGAAUGUGGUCUUUUGAAAGUGACCUGUUGUUGUGACAGGGAUGGGUCCAAUCUAAUGAGCACGUGGGUUUGGUGUAGUGGAAUACUAUGUGCUCCUAGCUCCUAUGGGCCUAAUGGAUUUUUCAUAUUUUUGAUGUGAUGCCUUAAUCUGGGACACAAUGAUGGUCAGGACAUUCAGACCACCAAUUCAAUUAGCAAACUAGGCCUAGGCUACUCAUGGAAUAUCCUAGGUCGAAACUGUUCUGGAGUGUAAAGAUCCAUAAAGUGAUUGUUUAAGGAGAAAUGAACCAAACUUGACGUCAUUGUAACAAUACUCCUCAUUGGGCAUUGCAUCCAUUACUUCUGGGCUACCUUUUAAACUCUUGUGCCUAUUUGUUUAGUUUCGUCUCAAUGGUCCUUGGAGUGUGGCUUUAUUAAGACUUAAGAUAAACAUUGGACCAGUCCAGUUUCUGUUUGCUUUCCUCUCUAUUUUAGGGGCCUCUGCAUUGUUGCAGCCAUCACACUUCAAAUAUUUGUGGGGAACUGCCAGUGAACAGACAAGGGUUUAGAAUCAAGUAGGCCUAGUUAAAUUAACUGAAGUGCCUCUCCAGCAGCCCCCCUAC